AAUCCUCCUGUGAUCCAGGCUAUUUUCCUUGUAACAUCAACGACAUCUGUAUCGAGCAACGCUCCAACUGCGACGGCCAAGAAGACUGUCCUGAUGGGUCAGAUGAACUGAACUGUGGUAAGAAGUAUAGGCUUUUUUACUGUCCUGAUGGGUCAGAUGAAAUCAACUGUGGUAAGAAGUAUAGGCUUUUUUACUGUCCUGAUGGGUCAGAUGAAAUCAACUGUGGUAAGAACUAUAGGCUUUUUUACUGUCCUGAUGGGUCAGAUGAACUGAACUGUGAAUUAUCAAGUCCUCCAUUCAGAUGUAAAUGCUCAAACAGGAGUCUUUUCUGUGAAAAUCGACAUUUCACCAUUGUCCCGAAACCCUUACCAACCAACUUGGUUGAACUGAUUAUUUCUCACAACCCAAUCAAAAAGAUUGCCGCAGGCGCGUUUGUUGGACUAGAUAAUUUGCGAGAACUUGACAUUCGAACUUGCCACAUCAGAGCCAUCUAUCGUGAAACAUUUGCACCUUUGAUCAAUUUAACAAAACUAUUAUUGGAUGAUAACGAAAUCCAAUUCCUUCCUGCCGGUUCCUUUGAGAAUUUGGAAAACCUUUUAAUAUUGUCUUUGUCAUCAAACCUUAUCGAAGAAAUCAAUGCUCAGAGCUUUCAAGGCCUCGUUCAGUUGAUCUCAUUGAAUCUAGGAAUGAACGAACUUAGUUUUCUAGACGGCGACAGUUUUGGACAUCUUAGGUCACUUCUCAGUUUGGAGCUUUCAGAUAACAAGAUCCAUUCAAUUGAAGCAGAUACGUUCAAAAGAACCCCACAUCUCACGUCUUUGAAUUUCAAAAACAACCAGUUGCGUCGAAUUCCUCGUCAAGUUUUUGUAAACCUUUCUUCACUGUCUCACAUAUAUUUUGAUGAGUUCCAUCUGUGUUCCUACGCCCCAAAUGUUCGGAUUUGUGAUCCUCGUGGUGAUGGAAUAAGCAGUAUAGCCCAUCUUCUAGAAAAUGAAGUUCUUCGAGUGUCAGUUUGGGUGGUUGCUACCUUGGCUUGCUGUGGAAACCUCUUCGUUCUGAUUGGUCGAAUGGCCAUCAAAGAAAGCAACGACGUCCACUCGUUCUUCAUCAGGAAUCUCUCGGCCGCAGACCUUAUCAUGGGUGUGUACCUCUUUAUUAUCGCCGGAUAUGACAUGAAUUUCCGUGGUCACUACAUUGAAUUCGAGGAUAGAUGGCGCCACAGUUGGCAGUGUAACAUGUGUGGCUUUUUGAGCACUUUAAGCAGCGAAGUGUCUGUUUUCAUCCUAGCUGUUAUCACCAUUGACCGUUACAUUUCAGUCAUCCACCCAAUGUCCACCAGAAACCGAAGCAUUAGUUUGGCUUUUGGAUGUAUGCUAGCAGUCUGGGGUCUGGGAGUUUUCUUAGCCGCUAUACCAUUGAUGAACAUUGACUACUUUGGCGAAGAGUUCUAUGGAAAUAAUGGUGUUUGCUUGCCUUUACACAUCCAUAACCCGUAUGCCGAAGGUUGGGAGUUUACUAUGAUCCUGUUCUGCGGAGUAAAUACUGUAGUGUUUGUUUUUAUUCUAUACGCUUACAUCCAGAUGUUCUUCAGCAUAUCAAAGUCAAACUCGGGGCUCCGCUCAACUCUUCACAACCAAAACAAGACGAUUGCCAAAAGGUUUGCCUUUAUUGUGGGAACUGAUUGCUUGUGUUGGAUCCCAAUUGUUGUUGCAAAGUUUCUCGCUUUUUCAG